UAACAAUGGCGUCCUUGGAUGAAGAAACAGCUAAAGCAGUGCUCAGACAGGUUGAGUUUUACUUCAGCGACAGCAAUAUUCCUACGGACGAGUUUCUCAGAAAAAAGAUGAGCGAAAGCCAGGAUGCGUUUGUUAGCUUGGCCCUGAUUUGUUCGUUCAAGAAGAUGAAAGAUCAUUUAAAAUUGGGCAAUGUGAAGGCAGAAGACAUGCCUGAAGAUACAUUGAAGGCCGUGGCUGAAACUCUUAAAAAAUCUACUUCUCUUAAACUUUCUGAAGACGGGAAGAAAGUUGGUCGAGUUGCUGAAUUACCAAAGGCAGAGGAGAUGAAAGAGCAAUUAGAUGGAAGAACAAUUGCUGCAUCACCUCUAGAAUAUGAUGUGAAUCGGGAAGAUGUGUCGUCCUUUUUCUCUCAAUAUGCUAAGGUUAAUAGUGUGAGGUUGCCUCGGCAUGUAGCAGAUAAAAGGUUGUUUUGCGGUACUGCUUUGAUUGAGUUUUCAACAGAGGAAGAUGCAGAAAAUGUUUUGAAGCAAAGCUUGGUUUAUGCAGGUGUUGAUCUAGAAUUGAAGCCAAAGAAAGACUUUGAUGAGGAACGAGCCAAAGAGGUCGAGGAAGUUGAGAAAUUUCGUCCACACAUGGGUUCAAGUCGCAAAAACAACUCAAAUUCUGAAGCAAAUUAUCCGAAGGGCUUAAUUGUUGCAUUCACAUUGAAGAAUACCGUAGCUGGGGACAAAAAUGGCACUCACGAGCCAGCUAAUGAUAGUGCAAAGAAAGUAAAUGGAGAACUAGAUUCCCCAGAAAAUGAGCUGAAGGCAGAUAAUGAAGAUGGAGAGAAGUCGUCUGAAGGUUCCAUGGAAAAGGGAGAAGAAAAAGAAGAAAAAUCUGCAGUUGCUACCUAUAAGGAUGACAUGAAUGUUGUUAUGCGUGAGGAUUUGAAGGGUGUUUUCAAAAAAUUUGGCACUGUUAAGUUCAUUGAUUUCAAGAUUGGAGCUGAAUCUGGAUACAUUAGAUUUGAAGAACCUGAAGGAGCUCAAAAAGCUCGGGCAGCUGCAGUCCUAGCUAAAGAAGGUGGCCUGAUUGUGAAGAAUUUUAUUGCCAUUCUAGAACCGGUUACUGGUGAGGCUGAAAAGGAAUACUGGAGCCUACUUCGAGGUAAUCAAGAACGGCACCGUGAAAAUAAGGGUGGUAACCACCGAGGAAGGGGAGGGAAAUACAAUAGAGGUGGGAAGCACCCUCGCUUUAGAGAAAAUGAUUCUGCAACUGGUCGCCACAAUAAAGCUCAGAAAGUUGAAUCAGCAUGAGAGUAAUGAAACCCCAGAAUCAGUUCUGGGAUUAGUUUUGAUUUGUAUGACACCACCAUGAGAGCUUUUUGUUUCUUUUUUUGUUGAAUCUUUUUACGUUUUGGUGGAGAAGAGCAUGAUGCAGCUGUUCAAUCCCCUGGUGUUUUGUUACCUAUAAGUUUAGUCUAUGUUUCAUGACAUAAUAUUAAGUUUUUGUUUUUAUUUCAAAUAUAUUUAGUUUGUUGUUCAUGCCUGUAUUCUGUAGCUACGACAGGUGAAGUAUAGAUUAAGCAAAAGUAAUUUAGUAAAUUUAAUAGUUGGUCUGUCUUUCGCAAGUAUCAUGCUUGUGUUUCCUUGCAAGAGUUUAGUUUAUUUUGCCUCCAA